AAGGUGAGUUUAGAAAGUCACGAAAUAAUUUAAUAUAUUAUACGAUUUAUUAUAACCAAUAAAAUCAUGAUAAUUUUGUUAACUUCGUCACAAAGCAUAUUUAUUUUAGAACAGCGUAUAUAUUUAUUCAAGAAUUUAUUUGUAAUUAUUAGAGCUAUGAUAUAUUAAUUAUUCGUAAUUUCUAGUUUUAAAUAGAAUAUAUUUAUUUUCGAAGUUAUUAUUUGAGGUUACUUUUACUUUUAUAUAUAUGUAUGAUUUUGAAAGUUUGAUAUUCAACCAGUUAGUAUCAUAAGCAGCACGUUGUUUCUCCGCGCAUGGCGUAAAAUUUAUAUACGUUACUAUCAUUAGUUAAACAUAUGAGAGCAUGAUCGAAGCAUCUUAUUUAGCAGAACUAUAGGAAGAACAUUUUGUUUUAAUACGAGGAAUCUGUACGGUGUAAUAAAAGACACACCGAAUUGUAAAACUAGAAUUUGAGGUUAGGAUCGUCUAAGAGUGUAUUUACUCAAGAAAUAAAUAUGCCUACUUGGAAUCAGAUCCAAACUCAACUGCGCAAUCCAAAUAAUCCGGUAGUAUUUUUUGAUGUAUCUGUGGGUACAACAGAAAUUGGUCGUAUGAUUUUUGAACUUUUUGAAGAUGUAUGUCCAAAGACUUCAGAAAACUUCCGACAAUUCUGUACUGGAGAAUAUAGAAAGGACGGUGUACCAUUAGGAUUUAAAGGUGCUAUAUUUCAUAGAGUGAUCAAAGAUUUCAUGAUACAAGGAGGAGAUUUUGUAAAUGGUGAUGGUACUGGAGUAAUUAGUAUCUAUGGUGGUGGAACUUUUCCUGAUGAAAACUUUACAUUGAAACAUGAUUCACCUGGAUUACUUUCUAUGGCAAAUAGUGGAAAGGAUACUAAUGGUUGUCAAUUUUUUAUUACAUGUGCUAAAUGUAAUUUUUUAGAUGGAAAACAUGUGGUUUUUGGAAGAGUAAUAGAUGGUUUAUUGGUCAUGAGAAAAGUAGAAAAUGUCCCUACUGGACCAAAUAAUAAACCAAAGAUACCUGUAACAAUUUCUCAAUGCGGUCAGAUGUAAAGG